AUGCCCGAUUCUGGCAGCAUUGGGGCUGAAGGAGAUGCCACAGCUCUCUACGAACACACCCAUGUCCACUCAAUCUACACUCAAAUAGCCCCCCACUUCUCCCAAACCCGCCAUAAGCCCUGGCCCUUGAUCUCUCAAUUCCUGCUCUCCCUUUCCCCGGGCUCCGUGGGUCUUGACAUUGGCUGCGGCAAUGGCAAGUACCUGGACGUAAACCCCGCGAUCUAUAUCAUUGGGUCUGAUCGCUCAAGCAGCCUGAUCGACAUUGCUCGGGCAGAGAAGGUUGGGGACAAGCUUGGGCAAGAGGUUGGGCGUCAGGGAGGGAAUGAUGUCGUCGUAGCAGACGCCCUGAAUCUACCGCAUAAAGAUGGUGGAAAACAUGAGAGGGGUGGGGUGAGGGAUGGGGGGUUCGACUUCGCGAUCAGUGUUGCUGUGGUGCAUCAUUUGAGUACGCGGGGGAGGAGAGUAGAGGGUAUACGUGCUGUUUUGAGGACAUUGACAGCGGGGGAAGAAGACCAAGGCAUAAGAAGAGCAAAAGGCAAGGCGAUGAUAUAUGUGUGGGCGCUGGAGCAGAAGGGGAGUCGAAGGGGGUGGGAUGUUGGUGAUGAGCAGGAUGUUAUGGUGCCGUGGGUUAUGAAGGGCAAUAAGGAGGAGGGGGAGAAGACUUUUAAGAGGUACUAUCAUUUGUAUAGGAAGGGGGAGUUGGAGGAGGAUGUGAGAUUGGCUGGAGGUGAGGUUGUUGAAGGAGGGUAUGAGAGCGAUAAUUGGUGGGUUGUUGCGACGAGAGGUGAUGGGGGAUGA